ACAACUUUUGCCUCCGACGCCUGCAGCCACCCCAUUUAGUUAGAUUACUGUAGUGUUUUGUUCACUCUCUCCUAUCGUUAUCAUUUUCAAAUACGUACAUAGCUCCGUUUCUCAGUAAUGGUAAUAAUCUCCUUGGCAUGAUUUUGAAUAGUUAGUUGAUCCACUCCUCCUCCAGUACUUAUUACGUCAACACAAAGUCGAACUGCAUUGUAAAUAUUAUGUUACGCCUGUCUGUCGCUUCUACGCACACGGAAUAAAUUGUUUUAUAUGCCGUGACUUUAGUGAGUGGGUCGAUCGACGUUGUUUGACAGUGAUAGCUCAUUUCUUGCAUAUUAUCCUACACACACACACACAUCCAUAAAGGGUCGUGGGCAUAUUAUUAUUGACGGAUUGAAUUUAAUAUCGCAGUGCACAAAUACAUACGUACUUACUUAUUGUGUCGUGUUAUUAUUAUCGCCAAAAUUGCAUAUAAAUAGAAAUGAAAUGGUGUUAAUUGCUGGGGUUGAAUGGAUUCCUGAAGAUUUUCAGCACGCUGCUGAGUCUCACAGCACAAGACUUUACAAAAGAAAAUAAGUCGGAAAGAAAUCAAUUACGAGAAAGCCCAAUCAGCAAUUGCCAACAAUUGGACUCAAAAGAAGACAGACAAUGGUUCCUCCUCAUGGUCACGGGUCUCAACAUUAUCCAGCAUCGUCAUUGAAGGACCAUGAUUGGCUGAACUUUUUUAGACUAGUCUCCAUUUCUGCGGUUGCUACAUUGGCCACGACGUUCAACAUCUUCACCAUCAGUUCCAUCAUAGUGGAUGAUUUGCUGAGGAAGAAAGGUAAUUCAUUCUUGGUCAGCAUCACUCUUGCGGAUUUGCUUGUGACAGCAUUUCUCCUUCCUGCUAUUUCUGUCUCAAUUCUCGCACAAACUGAAGACUCCGAAAAUCUGUGCCGCUUCCAGUACACAGUGGGAUGCAUGUCAUGCGUUACGGCUUCCAUGUUCACGGCGGCCAUUGGGAUCGAGAACUUUCUGAGGUUGAGAGCCCUCAAGAAUUUGGAGUCUGCACGACAUCGAAGACGUGGUCAGCCCGUGAAUUCAAUUGUGCACACGACUGACACGGCCCCUGAGCAUCAAGCUCCUCUCCCACCUCCGCGCUCAGUCUGCUCCCAAUUUCAAGUCACUGUUCUCAAUCUCACGUUCUGGAUUUUGGCUGUGGUCGUCGUCCUCGUUCAUCUCAUGCUCAUGCCUCAUUUGACGUUUGCCAUCUGUGGCGACGGUGGUCGUGGCCCCUCUGUCAGAUCCCUGCCAAAUGAGAAGACGUUGCUCUUUGACUCGAUCCUGGCGCUGGGGGCUUUUCUGCUUUCUUUUGUCAUACUUGGUGGUCUCGGAUUUCUCAAGUGUGCUUGUAUAAUGAAAUCGUGGAGCAAACCCCUGCCCUACAUCACGUCACGGGAAUUUGCUCUCAUCAACUCCAACUUUUGGAAUUGGCUGGGUCGCUUCCUCGUAUGGGCUCCCGCCAUUGUGACGGCCGUAGUCAUCCAGUUCGACAGCUCCACGACCAGCCUCCUUUUGUCCUCACCACCAUACGAGCCAGUUCCUCUCCCCACGGGAAGAGUCUCACUUUAUUUUCAUCCCACAAUCACCACCACCAUGGGAGGACGAGGCGAGAGGGAAAUGAGCACUGCUUUCUCCAGCAACACCAUCAGUCUGACGGGCAAGGAUUCACAACAAGAUCUCAAUUUUAUGCUUCAAAGGCUUGUCUUCUGGUCGUCUAUUCUCCCCUCUUGUUUAGGAAGUAUAAUCUAUGCUUGUGCCAACAAGGAUUUCAGAAGGUGCUACAUCCAACUGUUUAAUUACUGUUGUUGCAAGACGUCCGUAACUCUAACUCGCCGUCCGAGGGACAAUCUUCGUGGAGGGAAUGAAGUUCGAACCCACAUUCUCCCAGGAUACAACAUUUACUCUUCAGGCCACUCCGAAGUGGCCGCCUCGGCUCCGCCCAGGUUCAACACUUUUAAAUGUGGGCCCCUUAUGAACUACAGGAGAGAUGUUUAUGAGCUUUGACUUGUCACACUUGUCAGCACAAGAAAUAUCGAUGCUAACUUUUUACAUACUACAGUUCGAAUCCUUUUACUCGUCCCUUUUGAAAGUUUGGCAGAGCGAUAGGACUACAAGUGCAGGAUAUUGGCAGAGAUUACUUUAAACCUGAACCAAUUCCAUCCAUCCAUUCAUUUUCAUUACAAGAGUAACACUACACAUAAAUUUUUGUUAAACGACCAAUCCCCUGAUUCAGGGCAGCUAACCCGAGGCGUGUUUUAUGUAUAGGUCUUUUUGGUUUCCGUUUUAUUGCUACCUGAGGAAUGUGGCGAAAGUCUCUUUUACGACUGCAUGUAUAACCCGAAGAAAGUGCAAAAUUAAAGUUUUCAUGUCAUUAGCUUAACGUAGAGCCAAUACAUGCCCAUCCUUUCCUGUCGCCACCUCCACAGUUUUUACUUUCCGUGCCCUUUUCAUCAUCACAUUAUCCCAUGUCUACAGAUGAGCAAGGCAUGCCGAUAUGCAUGUAAUAUAUUUAUACGUAUAUAGCAAUCUCUGGGUAAUCUCAUCCCUUUCAUAAAAUUAGAGUUGCCUAAAUUGUCGGAGGUGGAGAUUGUUGGAGUGUGAUAUAAAACAUUCUAUUGCACAUCCUAGCAAUUACGUGAUGGGGAAAGUUAUUUUGAGCCAGUUGCCCCAUGCCCAGUCUGUGCUGAGCACUGAAGGACGUGCUCAGGUGAACUUCUCGAGAUCUCGACUAUUAUUAUAUGACGACGAUGAGUCGACGAGGAUGAGGUUCCAUACGAAUAGGCAGACUUUCCCCAUUUCCAUAACAUUACCGUUCCUUCCUUCGCACACCAUUGCAUCCAGUCCAUGCUCAUCCGCAUCUCACUUGUGACAAGAUAAGAACCUUCUUUUCCGAGUGAGUAUUUUCAGUGAUCGGGGAAAAUUUAGCCCUCCGUCUCUCUUCCACUUUCAAGGUGUAAAAUAAAUCGGAAUCAACAGUUUAUGUAACGCGAGUGUUUAAAAUCCAUCAAGAUCCUUCUCAGAUUUGCACUUUUGUCAGUGUUUGUCUUUAUCUUCAACCCAAAGUGAUCCCCACUUGUACUUACUCACAAAGUUUCGCUUCUUGCUGCUUUCACUGCUUUCCCACUCUACUCUUUUAUCUGAGUGAGUCCUCCAAACUCUGCCAAAUGUUACUCAAACAAAUGUUUGUUUGUAUUUUUGGACUCAAACGCAGUUACUUAUUGUCUAUUGAAAAAGUUGGGAGCAACAUUACAUAUAGACUACACAAAAUUUUUCACAAGUAAACCUACUGGGGUAAUAUGCAUCAGGAUUCUUCUUCUCAAACCCUUGGAGCAAAUAAAUGUAUUCAACUAUCUAGUAUUCACAAUCUGGUACUGGCUUUCAAGCAGCUAACAAUUCGACAAUCAAGCAAAACCAAAACACAUAUACAAAAAAUCUGACAAGAGCUUUACAAAUAUGUUUCUUAUACAUGUAACUUUUCAGUAUUACGUACAUACUUAUGCAACAUUAGCCCCAUACAAAUGAAUGCAUAAGAAAAUUGGUAGUUUUAUUAAAACUUUGGUCAAACUACGUGCAUACAACAUAAUAGGACCCUAAAGUAUGUAAAGGAUUGAAAAUGUAUUUUUCAUGGAAGUUUUUAUCCCCAAAAACGAGUAUUAGACGGGUAGUAAAGGUAAAUGGAAUUGUCGGAGAAGAAAACAAGAAACAAAGUAGGCACAAAAUAGAAAUUUCGUACAUACAUAGGUGCAGACAGACGACAAAGAGAACGCUGUUCUUAUCUUGUGGUUGCACACUCUUGCGACUCCCCCAAUAAGCUAUAAAUGUUAAACAUACACACAGACGUACAUGUAUACAACGUACAUAUGUACGUACUACUUUUUUACACGACUAGUGAUUGAAAAGCUAUAUUUAUUUAUUAGUAUGCAGUUACUGUAGUAAAGGUUACUUUCUCUGUAGGAUUAAGUCUAUUGGGAUGUAAGUAAUUUUAACGAUAUGCCAUGCUACAUAUAUGCUACAUAUUAGACAUUCGUAGUUAUGAGCGCAUGAACUAGGAUAAUAUGUGUACUAGUAUAUGUAUGGAUACACACUUGAUACAUGACUAUCUGUAUAUGUAUGUAAGAUUGGGAGAGAUGCAUUUGCGAGCUUCCACUCUGUACAAAUAUGCAUAACGCUGAAUUAAAGUCUUCUCUGCUUUUAAAUGCAAAUUCAAUUGCUGUGUCACUGGUAAAAGAAACUCUGCUGUUUGACUAUGUUUUCGUGUCGAGCUGAAAAACUAUUAAACGUCGUAUGCUGAAUGUAGUGUAAUUUUACUAAAUGUCCAAAAAUGGUCCGAAUUUGAGGUCACAUCAGAAUCUUCAGUGGCAUAUGUACAUAUGUAAGUGCAACUUCGGCGUAAAAGUUUGUCACUCAGAAUAUGCUUUCAAGAAAUGGAAUUGCAAAAUGAAACUGAAAGGCGAUUUAUUUUGCUCAGACAAAGCACAACGUGAAUCUGAUUCGCGUUAUAUGUAAAACUUUAAGUGCAAUGCUGUCCAAAGUUUUCCCGUUUCAUUGUAUUGCUACAUAUGUAUGUACGUACAUAAUAUAUGCUUACUUAACCUGUUAUUCUGACGCGAGGACUGUCUUGACUUUUUAGAAGGAAAAUAAUUUUAUCUUGUGACACUGGCAUGCUUUACUUUUAAAGUACCAAAUGCUAUAAAAUUAUACUUGAUUUUCAAGAUAUUUAACUGAAUUUACGAUAACUAUGUGCCACGUAUAUAUGUACAUAAGAUAAACUUCAGUGAAAUAUAAAUGAUACUCGGCCAUGUAUAGCUUCGUGCAGAUCUAACUAAAUGUCAAGUCGACGCCAAAACAAAACACAACCGAAUAAUUAAUAAUGUACGUAGAGUAACUAUAAUUAGUAGUAGUACAUGUAGUUGAAGGUGAAUCUAUGAUGGCAGAAUCCGUCAGAGUUGGACAUGUAUAUUCGUAUUUAUUUACAUGUAUUUAUGUAUUAAUCAAUGCUAUAACAAAAGCGAUGUCAAAUGCUUUUUGUAAAUUUAAUUUUGCUAAACAACGAGGUGCAGUAAUUCAAGAAGGGUCAUUUGGUGGCUUUAUUGCAAAUAUUUAAUGAGAAACGAAUUAGAUUUAUUUCAACGUGACUGUUGUGAUAUGAUAUUGCGACCAAUGAGUAGAUGAAUAAAACAUAUAUUAUGCUAUUGUUGUUACAGAUA